AUGGACAAGGAGACAGUACAGCCCAAUUCGUGGGUAGCCCUACGGCUCCCCAACGAGACAUAUCGCGUACUACAGGUCGUACCAAAUACGACAAUCUCGCUGGGCAAGUAUGGCUCAUUCCCAACAAACCUGAUUAUCAACCGUCCGUACCACUUCACAUACGAGGUCCAAGACAAGCGCGAGGGAGAGACGUUUGCGCGCCUGCGUGUCGUGCCCGCUAAGGAGCUCAAUGCCGACGACUUGGCCGACACCAGCGCCGAAGCGACAGAACCAGCAGAGGGAGACGAUGUAGUUGCGGCUGCAGAUGGCGAGGAGCUUACUCUCGUCGACGAGAGCGGAAAGGUGCUCAUCCGAUCGAAUCGCGAGAUCAUCGACGACUCGGCCCGACAGACUCUCAAGCCGGAAGAGAUCGAGGAGCUCAAGCGCAAGGGCGCAUCGGCGGGCAAGGAGCUGAUCGCCAAGCUGCUGCUGUCGCAUACGGCAAUUGACCAAAAGACGGCGUACUCUCUGGCCAAGUACAAGCUCCUCAAGACGAAAAAGUAUAUUCGACGGUUUACGGUGUUGCCUCUUGACGUACCGAUGCUAGCGCAGUGGUUGCUGGAGGACCGCGAUGCUUCCAAGAUUCUCGAGAUGAGACAGGAGAUGAUGGCGCUGGUCGGUUGCUGGGCUGAUGUCCACUAUGGAGGUGCUGCUACUGAGGAUGCUGGUGCUUCACAGGGUGGGAGGUGGUUGGUGGUAGAUGAUACGGGUGGCUUGCUGGUGGCAUCUUUGGCUGAGAGGAUGGACAUCCUGCAUCCCAAGCUCGAGGAGAACACGGAAGAUCCCGCUGCAACAGAAGUCACAGAAAACAACAAUGCCCCUACAGACGAGAUGGACCAAGACCAGCCCCAGACAACAGAAGCAACGGACCCCGAACAAAAGCAGGACAAGAAGCGAUCUAAGCGAAGCGACUUCAACGUCCCCUACGUCAACAGAAACACCCUCACCCUGAUCCACGGCCAGACCCAGCCCAACCUCGCCCUUCUACGAUACUUCAACUACGACGCCGCAAACGCCAACCCCUCUCCGCCCUACCACCCCCUCGACACCAACCUCAUGGAUAUUUCGUGGCUGCAGCUCCUGUCACCCGAUGAAGACGACGCAUACAACAACAAGCCACCCGAGGCGACACCAGAGGAAAUUGCGACAUGGAAGACGAAUCGUAGAGGGAACUACCACCGCAAGAGAAGAAGGUGGGCGCGUAUUCGGCAUGUGGUCGACACAACACGCGCCGGAGGAUUCUCAGGUCUCGCAGUCGCAAGCACCAUGGAUCCCAUCUCCAUUGUGCGCAGCACAGUACCUUUGCUAGCGGGAGGCGCCCCCAUCGCCAUUUACUCUCCCACCAUCGAGCCCCUGACGCAACUGGCGGAUUGCUUUAGUGUGGCGCGUCGAGCCGCGUGGGUAUCAUCGCCUCCGCCAGAGGUCGAAAGCAAAACAGCUGAAGAGCUUGAGCGCUGGGAGGGCAGUGAAGAGUUCCCCAUUAACCCUACGCUUCUGCUCGGUGUGACUAUCCAGACUAGCAGGGCACGACGAUGGCAGGUUCUUCCCGGGAGGACACAUCCUUUCAUGAUGGGCCGUGGAGGUGCAGAUGGAUUCUUAUUCACAGCAUGGAGGGCGGUGCCUGUUGAAGGUAAAAUUGAGGCGAGGGGAAGGUUCAAGAGGAGAAAGCUAGAUACCUGA